AUGGCAGCCUUGGCAAAGACUAUGGUCGUGGAGUGUGUGCAGGACCCACUGAUCUGGCUGUUCCUCGCCUCCGUGGCUUUGGCCAUCCUGUGGAGACGGCGGGGCUACGGGCCGCUCCCUCCGGGUCCGAGGCGGCUGCCGAUCAUCGGUAACAUGACGCUGGUGAACCAGCUGACGCACCGCGGACUGGUGGCUCUGGCGGAGAAGUACGGCGGGCUGCUACACCUCCGCAUCGGCUGCCUCCACGUCAUCGCGGUGUCGACGCCGGAGUACGCGCGGGAGGUUCUGCAGGCGCGGGAUGGCGCCUUCUCGAACCGCCCGGCCACCACCGCCAACUUUUACCUCACCUACGGCCGCUCCGACCUGGCGUUCGCCCACAGCGGCGCCCACGUUCGCGAGAUGCGCAAGCUCUGCGCCACGAACCUCUUCAGCCGGCGGCGCGCCGAGACGUGGCUCGCCGUGCGCUACGGGUACGGGGCGCUGGCCCGCGACGUCGGCAGGCGCAGCGGCCAGGCCGUGAACCUAGGCGAGCUCAUCUUCAAGCACACCGUCGGCGUCAUCUUCCGCGCUGCCUUCAGCGCCGGCGACGAAGAACUGGACGAGUUCAUCGUCAUCCUCCGGGUGGUCUCCAAGGUCUUAGGCGAGUUCCACGUCGGCGACUACUUCCCGUGGCUCCGCUGGACGGCCCGGCUGGGCUUCAACCGCCGCCUCCACGCAGCGCGCAGCGCCCUCGACAAGUUUACCGACAAAAUAAUCGACGACCACCUGAGGAGAGGGAAGAACCCCGCCGACGCCGACUUGGUAGAUGGCCUGCUCGGUUUCCUCGCCGAGGCGAACCUAUCCAAAGGGAAGGAGAGCGAGAACGCCCUCCCCUUCACCCGCGACAACGUCAAGGCCAUGAUCAUGGUACGUUACUAUGACUCGAAGUUCACUCUAAGCAGUUCAUUUCAUUUUUACUAUUAG